GCAAUGCUUCGAUUUUAUUGUGCCCUCGUUUAACACACGGCAGAUAUUUUUAUUUACAAUUUGUAUCAAAUAACAUUAAAAAAUAGUAAAAAAAAAAAGGUUCAUAAAAAUUGCACAUCAGCAUGCAUACGACCAAGAUUAAGGAGGGCGAUGAGCGGGAGGAGAUGGAGCUGAAUCAAAUCUGGCGCGCCUGUCGUAAAAUCCAAGGCGCAAUUUUUCGUUAUAACUUUGACAUCUGUGCUGAUUUAAAGCAACAUGAUCCCGACUGCACCGGCUACGUUUCGGAGUCUAUAUUCACAUCGGUGCUGGGCAAGUAUCGCAAGAUGGUCGGCAUGUCCGAGUUUGAGCUGAGGGAUGUCUGCGAUUAUUUUCAAAUUCGCGAUGGACGCGUCGCCUAUCGCCAGUUCUGCAAGGUGGUCUGCAACGAGAAUCUCCAUAAGAGCGCCGAUAAGGAACUGGCUAGCGGUCUGGAGUGGAAUGAUCCCUACCACUUGAAUCUUAUACCACAACCGGAAGACCGUCGAAAGCUAUGCUUGAUUCUAUUUAAAAUAGCAAGGGAGACACACUUGCCAUUGAUGCCCUACUUUCAGGACUAUGAGCUGAUAUCGCAAAAUGUGGGCGUUGUCACCGUAUCGCACUUCUCACGCGUGCUGCAUUUUAUGAAGAUACCAUUAUCGGAAUCCGAUUUUCUGCUAUUGCUCAAGCGCUACAUGAAGGAUGGCUAUUUGGUGAACUAUGUGGCCUUUCUCAAGCACAUUGACAAUAUUAUCGACUAUUUGCGGCAACACAACCUAUUGGAUAACUCUGGAGAUCUCAUUCGCAACUUUCCGGGCCGCCUAAUAGAUCUGGAGCUCUCUCAGCUGCCAGCGAUAAAUGGCUGUCAAAUAGUACAGCCCAUAUUUCCGGAUGCUUGCAAUCAUCCAAAAAAGAAUCGCGGAGAAUGCGAUAUUGUGUUUUGCAUUCAGAACUAUAUCUAUAAGAAUCGGGUGCGCACCUGUGAGUUUCUUGAAAAAUUCGAUUCGCUGCAGGUGGGCAGCAUAACAAAGAAUCAGUUUGAACGCGGUCUAUCUAACAUGGGCGUGGGAAAAUAUCUGUCGAGACGCGAAUUGGAUCUAUUAGCGAAUCGCUAUUUGGAUCCUUUGGACACAAAUCGCGUGCGUUGGCGCAAUUUUGUCGAUGAAAUCGACACGGUUUUCACCAUCAAAAACCUGGACAAGAUGCCGCAAUGCGUGGUUGAGUCACCCCUGGUGCACAUUAAGGAGCUGCCCCGACCGGGCACCCUAGACUGGCAGGCGGCACCGGUGGAUGUGCGCGAGCUGUGCGAGGAAGCCAUGGCCAAAAUACGUCUACGCAUACGCAAUCGUCGCCUCUACCUGCAUCCGUUCUUCCGCAACUAUGACAAACUGCACAGCGGACAUGUAAACUGUCACCAGGCGAAUCAAAUCUUUCGCAUUAAUGGUAUACUGCUGUCGAAUCCUGAGCUCGAUUCUGUGCUGCAUCGCUAUGGCAAUGAGCUCGGCUUUUACUAUACAAAAUUCUUGGAUGAUGUCGAUCCGGCAGAGUAUGCCAUGCCCACCAUGAUUGGCAAACAGGAUCUGCAGGAAUGUCCGCCAUUCCCGCGCGACAAUGGGACGAAAGAGCAGGCCACCGAAGAGGUCAUCACGCGCAUUCUGACCAGUGCCAAGCGACAGGCGAUUACCAAGGGUGUUUCUGUCAUUGACUUUCUGGCGGACUACGAUCGUCAUCGCGAGGGUCAGAUAUUGGAGAGCGACUUUAAGCGCGCCCUGGACAAUGCCAUGGUUAUUCUCAGUGAUGAGGAUGCGACAAUUUUGUGCAAUGUCUUUCGAUCGCCCAGUCGCAGUGCUUGCGUUCUCUACCGCGACUUUUGCAAGGCCCUUGAUGAGAUCUUUAUGCAGUUCGAUACGAAUAUGGGUGACAAUGUGGUCACGGCUGUGCCACUGCUGCAUCUACCGAAUCUGGACUGUGUCGAUUGCUUCCUAAACUUUGAUGAGCGCACCCUCUGCUCGCAGGCACUGAUGAAGCUUGCCCGCCGCCCGGACGAGAUCUCCAAUCUCAGCCAGGUGUUCAAGGACUUUGAUCGCCAGCAUUGCGGUUCGGUUACCCAGAAUCAAUUCCUACGCGCCAUCACCCUGCGCGAAAUGCAUAAUAUGCUGAGCAGUCGCGAGUUCGAGGCCAUUGUAAAAUGUUUUGGCGUCAAGCGUGGACUCUGUUUGGAGGUUAACUAUCGCGAGUUCCUCAAUAUAUUGGACGUGCUCUUCUCCACUGGGCAGAUGAAACGUAACUAUUAACUAUCCCAAAUGUAUGAUAUAAUACAUAUAAAUUUCGCAUAUACGUGUAGCUUACUUUCGACAUUAAAAAUUUCCCAUGUGCGUU